AUGAAUAAAUCUAAUCACUUUAUAUCAGGAAGUGAUAAAUCAAUUAUAAUAUGGUCUAUGAAUUAAAGCAAUUAAUGGAUUUUCUAAUAGAAAUUAAAUGGACAUAAUAAUGAGAUAUCGUGUUUAGUGUUGAAUAAUAAUGAAGAUUUGAUCAUUUCAGGUAGUUAUGAUCAUACUAUUGAAUUUUGGAACAAGUAGUAUUAAUGGCUAUGUCAAUAAACUAUCAAAGAUCAUAAUAAUAUGGUAUGUGGAUUAAGUUUGAAUUAAUAAUUGAAUAAAGUGAUUUCAUGUGGAUAAGAUGAAUAAAUAUUAAUAAUAGAACAAUCAUAAUAGGAUUCUAAAUGGAUUAUAAUCUAAAAGAUAAAGGUUGAAUAACAUGGGUAUAGAAUAUGCUUUAUAAAUGAUAAUCUAUUCACUUUUUAACCAUAUGGGAUAGAAUAAAUGCAUGUUUAUGAAAUGAAUAAUACUAAUAAAUAGUAUUUAAAGACAAAAGGUAUACUUGUUAAAGGUGGAAUUGAUGAUUACUUUGUCUUUCCUUAAUAGCUUAUCAAAUUGCCUGCUUGUAAAUAAGAAUGGCAAGUAUGUGAAUUUGAUAAGAACAAAAUUAAAUGGUGA